CCAAAUGCCAAUGCCUGGAAAAGCUUUUAGCCACCCAAUGUAUUGUAUAUUUUGUUUUGUAUGAGCUAUAUACAAAAACCCAAACUCAUCCUAUAGUUUUCCCACUCCACCAGAACAACUACAACAACAACAACCUUGGAAAAAUGGCCACUCACUCAAUUGUCCUUGGAAACCCAGUUCCUAAGUCACCUGCAUCAAGCGUCCACCCAAGGGUUGAGAAGCAAUGGCUUGGAUAUUUUGCACUGAAGACAAAGCCAAUGCAUCUGAAGCUUUCAAGUGGCUAUAGAGCAAGAGCAGCUCUGGGUGCUGAUCCAAAAGCAGUUGAAAUUCCCCGUCAGUGGUACAAUCUGAUCGCAGAUCUUCAAGUGAAACCCCCUCCUCCAUUGCAUCCUAAGACGUUGGAACCAGUCAAGCCUGAAGAUUUGGCUCCCCUGUUUCCUGAUGAGUUGAUUAAGCAGGAGAUGAGCAAUGAAAAGUUCAUAGACAUCCCAGAUGAAGUCCUUGAUGUUUACAGGCUGUGGCGCCCAACCCCUCUGAUCAGAGCCAAGAGGUUGGAGAAGCUUCUCGAUACGCCUGCCAGAAUUUACUACAAGUAUGAAGGCGUCAGCCCUGCCGGAUCACACAAACCCAACACUGCAGUCCCGCAAGUCUGGUAUAAUGCUCAGCAAGGCAUCAAGAAUGUUGUGACGGAAACUGGUGCUGGUCAAUGGGGAAGUUCAUUGGCCUUUGCUUGCAGCUUAUUUGGGCUUGGUUGUGAGGUGUGGCAAGUACGUGCUUCUUAUGAUCAGAAACCAUAUCGUAGACUGAUGAUGCAAACCUGGGGUGCAAAAGUACACCCAUCUCCGUCUAACAUUACUGAGGCAGGCAGGAAAAUUCUAAAUAUGGAUCCAUCAAGCCCUGGAAGUCUAGGAAUAGCUAUUUCAGAAGCUGUGGAGGUUGCAGCUAUGAAUGCCGAUACCAAGUAUUGUCUGGGGAGUGUUCUCAAUCAUGUUUUGCUCCACCAGACUGUUAUUGGUGAGGAGUGUCUAAAACAAAUGGAGGCUAUAGGUGAAACCCCAGAUGUUAUCAUAGGGUGUACUGGUGGUGGGUCCAAUUUUGCAGGGCUUAGUUUUCCAUUCAUCCGUGAGAAGCUCAAUGGGAAAAUCAACCCUAUUAUAAGAGCAGUUGAACCUACAGCAUGUCCCUCAUUGACCAAAGGUGUGUAUGCAUAUGAUUAUGGUGAUACAGCAGGGAUGACUCCGUUGAUGAAGAUGCAUACGCUUGGGCAUGACUUCAUUCCAGACCCAAUUCAUGCUGGGGGAUUGCGAUACCACGGUAUGGCACCGCUAAUCUCGCAUGUAUAUGAAUUGGGUUUCAUGGAAGCUCUUUCAAUACCCCAGAGAGAGUGCUUUCAAGGUGCCAUACAAUUUGCCAGGUCUGAAGGGUUGAUACCUGCCCCAGAGCCAACUCAUGCCAUAGCUGCUACCAUUAGGGAAGCUCUUCGUUGUAGAGAGACUGGGGAAUCAAAGGUUAUACUCACAGCAAUGUGUGGACAUGGCCAUUUUGACCUGCCAGCUUAUGAGAAGUAUUUGCAGGGAAAUAUGGUUGACCUCUCAUUUUCAGAGGAGAAAAUACAAGCAUCACUGGCCAAUAUUCCUCAUGUGGCGGCCUGAGUGUCUAAUGAUGAUCAUAGGUCUCAGAAUUUUGGAUGAUCUGAGAAAUAACUUGAAAUGUUAGUUGUUCUCCAAAUUUAUCUGGGAUAAAAGAGUCAUGGAUGUCAAGAAAACCGAAAAGUUGGACAACAAUUUGGGGUCAGUUCAAUGUUUAGGAGGAGAUGAAUAAAUCCAUCAUAGAGAUAAUCCAGAGCUGUAAUUCAUGUAAUAUGCCAGUAUUUGGCAGUUCAUGGUUAAGAUUGUCAUAAGCUUAUAUAAUAAAUUUGUUUAGAUGAUCACA